CCGCGCUGCCCUCGGACACGCUCCCGGCGCUCCCACAGCAGCGCCGCUCCGCCGGGACAGCCGCCGGCCCCGGAUUACACCCAGCGGGCUCCGCUCUCGGCUGGCUCUGGAGGCACUGGGCGAGCUUUAUCUGAGACCGCUCCGCGCACAGCUUUAUCUGAGACCGCUCCGCGCACAGCUUUAUCUGAGACAGAUCCGCGCACAGCUUUAUCUGAGACCGAUCCGCGCACAGCUUUAUCUGAGACCGCUCCGCGCACAGCUUUAUCUGAGACCGCUCCGCGCACAGCUUUAUCUGAGACCGCUCCGCGCACAGCUGUAUCUGAAAGCGCUCUGGCUGGAGCCCGGCUGUUUGAGUUCAUUCAGCUACAACAUAAGAUUGACUGCACCAGAUAGAAAAAUGACCAAAAUCUGGAUCACAUUUUUGCUGCUCUUCUCAUUGGUUACUAUGUUUUUUGCCACUGCUUCUCCAGCUGAAGGACACCAGAACUCCACAAUGGACAUUGCCCAGCUGAGUGUUACAAGGAAUAAAAUCAUGACAGCACAGUAUGAAUGCUACCAGAAGAUUAUGCAGGACCCUGUUCACAAGAAAGAAGGGCACUCUCUGUUUGCAGGUCCUUACUGCAACAGGACCUGGGAUGGCUGGUUGUGCUGGAGUGACGUUGCUGCCGGAACCGUGUCAGUGCAGCGUUGUCCUGACUACUUUCAGGAUUUCAACCCAUCAGAAAAAGUUACGAAGAUCUGUGAUCCAAAUGGGAAUUGGUUCAGACACCCAGAAAGCAACAGGACCUGGACAAACUACACCCAGUGCAAUAUCUAUACUCAUGAAAAAGUGAAGACUGCUCUGAACUUGUAUUACUUGGCCAUCAUUGGACACGGACUUUCAAUUGCAUCACUUCUGAUUUCUCUUGGCAUAUUCUUUUAUUUUAAGAGCUUGAGUUGCCAAAGGAUUACCCUGCAUAAAAAUCUGUUUUUCUCUUUUGUUUGCAACUCUGUUGUAACAAUAAUUUCACUGACGGCCGUUGCCAACAACCAGGAAUUAGUUGCAACCAACCCAAUUAGUUGCAAAGUGUCACAGUUCAUCUACCUGUACCCGAUGGGUUGCAACUACUUUUGGAUGCUGUGUGAAGGCAUUUACCUGCACACACUGAUUGUGGUGGCUGUUUUUGCUGAGAAGCAGCACUUGAUGUGGUAUUACCUUCUUGGCUGGGGUUUUCCACUGAUCCCUGCCUGCAUACAUGCUGUUGCAAGAAGCUUAUAUUAUAACGACAAUUGUUGGAUCAGCUCUGACACUCAUCUGCUUUACAUCAUCCAUGGCCCUAUUUGUGCUGCUCUCUUGGUGAACCUUUUCUUCCUGCUGAACAUUGUUCGUGUUCUCAUAACCAAGCUGAAAGACACCCACAAGGCUGAGUCCAACCUGUACAUGAAGGCAGUGAGAGCCACCCUGAUUCUUGUCCCUCUCCUUGGCAUCGAGUUUGUGCUGUUCCCAUGGCGACCCGAGGGCCGGAUCGCCGAGGAGGUGUACGACUACGUGAUGCACAUCCUCAUGCACUACCAGGGUCUACUGGUGGCUACAAUUUUCUGCUUCUUCAAUGGCGAGGUGCAGGCAGUGCUGAGGAGGCACUGGAACCAGUACAAGAUCCAGUUUGAGCACAGCUUCAGCCACUCAGACGCCAUGCGCACGGCCUCCUACACCGUGUCCACCAUCAGCGACGUGCAGGGCUACGGCUACAGCCAUGACUGUGCUGGCGAACACCUCAAUGGCAAGGGCUACCAUGACAUGGACAGCGUGGCACUCAAGACUGAGAAGCUCUAUGGCUGAGGGACUGCCCCCUGCCCCAUGCCUUGUGCCAAUCCACAGCUGAUCCAUUGACUUCAUGGCCAGAAGAUCUCAGCUACCUUGGAAUAUGUUCUUCUCCUGGAUGAUGCAAACUAAACCGACACGUUGCUCAUGUAUAUGUGUGUGUGUGUGUAUACACACACGUGCAUAUAUACUUGUUUGUGUUAUCUAUACAGUAUGGACAUCUGUACAUAUAUAUCUAUAUAUGUAUGUGCCUUUACACAGGGAUACAAACUUUGCCUCUUCAGUUUCUACUGUGUAGACAAAGUUGGCAAAUUUUUGUACAAAGGGAAUCAAUGAAGGAUUUCUUAUUUUCUUGGAAGUUUGUAUAAGACUGUGCUGUGUUGAAGCCACAUCAUUUGCCUAUAGAAUCUUAGAGUGUAAAUACCAUACUCUGUUGUCUUAAUUCAACCUAAAACAGAGCAAAGCAAAAUGGUUUAAAUAGGUGCAAUAAUAACAAGAAGUUUUCCAGGUUCUUUUUUUGGUCCAGCUUUCUUUCCUUUGGCCGUCAAAAAAGCCUGACAGGUAGUCUGAGGUAACAGAUUCAAAGAUAGAUACUGCUGUUUUGGUUAAACAGCAGAUUGACGUUUUGCUUUGGUUUGGCCAGUUUGUUUUCUUCCCACUGUUUUACACCAAGCACAGACACUACUUCCAGUGUGAGCCUUCAUGUACUUCUGUACUGCUAUGUACUAUCUUGCACCAAGAUUUGAGCAAUUUUAUUUAAGCCAUUUCAGGAUAUUCAGAAGUGUCUCCUUCUCCUGAAUCAUAUGGAAGUUUCUUGGAUUUAACAAAGACAGGACUGAUGAGGCCUCACCGCCAGAGAGCAAAGGAGUAACCUGAGUCACUGUGAGUCCCUCCAGACACUCUUAGUAACUGCAGCUGGUGGAACUUUAUUAUGUGCUUAAGGAAUCUACUCAGCUGGAGAAGGUCAUGUACAGAAUUCCUUGUGGCAUUGUUCUGAUUUUACUUUGAUGUAUUUCCCUGGCCAUAUGCUUGAUAACUUACUCCUUCACUCUUGGGGCAAAGUUUGGGUUAAUUUUGCUGCUGUUUUUGCUGUCUGAGGUGAGCGUGCAAGACUGAGCACAGUGCACAUGUCAUACUACCUUUAAAGCCCAGUAUAAGUUUUGUAUGAUAAAGGUUAAAAACUUUAGGGAUUGAGAAUUUCAAUAUUGUUUUAGAUUGGUUGAUUCUGAAUCUCUGUCUCAGUUAAUUAGCUAAGAGCAGUACUUUAUAUGUUGUUUCUUUGGUUCUGCUGGUGCAUAACGGCCUCACUGAAAACUAGGAGGCUGUCAGGAAGGUCUUGAGAAAAUGUGUCUUUAUAGAAACUUGUAUUUUUCUUAAAUCCUUAUGCUUUAAAGAAAUAGUAGUUUUGUUAGGUGAAAUGACAAAAAUGCUCAAGAAUGAGGGCAUGAAAUGAGGUGAGCUCACUGAAAAUUAAAAAUGUAAGAAAAAAUUUUAUGCAUUUCAUUUGCAGAUAAGUCUACUUAAAGUGGGGAAAAACCAAAAUUAGGCAGAAGAAAAAUUAGGUGGUGGAACUGUUUUGCUAAUGAACUUAUUACUGAUGAAUGCAGUCCAGUGAAAAAAUUGGAAGACAGUUCUUUCUGGGACCAGUUUGAAAUAAUUUUGCAUACAAAAUUAUUGUAUACAAGCCACCUUGACUUUGACAUUUAAACAUUUUUGUCAGUAGUUUCUCUCUGUGCUUCAAUAGUGUCUAGGUAAUUUUCAGUGUUUAUUACUUUGUGACUUCUUAAGGUGUUUAAAGCUUUGUACUUACAAAGAAAACAUUAGGAGGAUGUGGCAAGGUCCUGCCACUUGCACCUUUCUUUAGUUUUUUUGACAGUUCUUAUGUCUGGAGUUUGAAUAUAGGAAGUGUUUUAUUAUUGAUACAGUUUCACAAUAUAGAAUUUCAACUAGGAUGCACAAAUGAAGAUUUCUUCUCUUCUGCAGGGCUGUCUGGUCAGUUGAUGGGGAUGAUUUGAAGAAUCUGUUGGAUUGUGUAGAGUAGUGUGCGACCUGGCAAUCAGAUGUCACAGUCUCUUAAAAUUUAAGAGUGACAGUAACAAUGUCUGCUACAACAUGACUAGAGGUUAUUUACAACUCUGCUUGCUGAUCUUUGUAGUGUUACUUAACAUUUGUGCCAUGUUCUGAAGAUAUCAGUGGUGCAGAGAAUCCCUGCUCCAGUGUAGCAGCUUUACAAUUGUGGGACCAGAUCAUCAGCUGGUAUAAAUCUGUCUUGAGUUUCCUUUACACAAUCGGCAGGUACCACUGAGACUCAAAGCCCAGACAGGUGUCUGUCCAUUUAAAUGUGCUGUAAACCAUUUAUGGCACAUUAUUAGACAAUUAUUUCAUGGUACCUGGUGGAUUGUUGUUGUAAUUAACAAAUAGAUGUUGGUUUAGAGUGUGAUACAGUAUUAGACUUUAAUUAAGCUUCUUUCUCAGAGAGGCAGUUCAAAUUUACCAGACUACAGAUUUUGUCAUUUAAUAUAUAUUUCUAUUAGAGAAACAUGUAAUUAUAAUUUAGGAGGGAAAAUUGUUUUUACAGAAAUUACCCUAAUUCUAGGUGGACAAUCACAGCUUCCUUCUAGGCACACACCUCCCCAUCUUCACUUUGGAAAAGAAACACAGCCAGCUGGAUGUGCAAGAAAAUCUUUCUGGCAGUGAAGGGUCACAUGGUAUAGCAGAGCUGUAUUUCCCCUCUCUUGCUGAGAUUAGAUAAUCUGUUUUCUAAUUUGCAUUGGAAAAUACCAAUUCCUUGUUUUCCUACCUCACCUUUUUUCAGUUUCUACAUAGCUAAGAGAAGGGUCUGCUUUUUAAAAUGUUUUUCUGUCACCAUAAGUUAAAAUCAAAUUUUUAUGCUGAUUUCUCAUGGCUCUCUUCCACUUUACAGAAUGUUGUAGUCCAUACCUGUCUUCUCUGGGAUGGAAGUAAAAUCUCUUUUGGUGGGGCUGUGGGAUUCCUUUGAACAUGCAGAUUAUUAUUUUUUUAUUACGUGUUAUUAUUUGCUGGGGGUUUUUUUGGUUUUUUUAGUGUGGAUUUAUUGUAUCAAUCUACAGGGGCUACAGCAAUAGUUGUCUUAUAUUUUUUAUCUGUAACACCAGCAUGUUAUGAUUCAAUGAGAGAAAAUGUCUAUUUUUAAUGCUACUGUCUUCAAGUAAUAAAUGGCUGCAUUGCAGGGUCCCUCAGCUGGUUUUUUUAAUGUUGGCAUUUAUGUUAUUCAGUUUUUCAUGGUGGUGAUUUAUAAGUGCAUUUGGCUGUAGAAAUGCUGCAACAUGUACUCUUUUUGAUGUCAAGAAACAUUUGGGCUGGCAACCAGGCAACAGUCAUUUAUUGUGCUAUGCAAAUAAGAUUAAUAUGCUUACACUAAGAAGAAAAUGGAAAAAAUGUGAAGUUAUUUUUUUGGUUGUUUCAUUUUCACCUUGUUCAUAUGAAUCAUGCAUUUUAAUUGCUGAGAAAAGUAUUGUUUCUGAUCAAUAAAAUAUUGCUCCAUUUA